AUGGUGGGUCAAGAGAUCGGCUGCUGGUACACGCGGUUUGUCGACUGUGGGUACUCAGUGUCGAUGCUGCAGCAAUGGGUCCAUAUCGGUUGGUCAGCUGCGCAUGGCCAUCAGCCACCGAGUUUGGCAGCCAAUGAGAAACUAUUCAGAUACGAGCAAGACUACAGAGGCGACGCAAGUGCGUGCAGCACGAUGCUGCCACUUCUUUGGGCAUUCUGCAUCGAAGUCCUUAGAGAUGUAGAGCCGAUGGCGACUGCCUGCACGUCUCUUGCCUCUUUGUAUGAUGUCGUUCGUUGUUUGCAACGAUGCAAAAUUGAUGUGGCCAAUGGAGCUCACUUGUUGCCUUUGCAAAGGAAGCACAUGAUGAGCUUCCAAGAAGCGUACGGCGCUUCGCACACAAGGCCCAAAGCCCACUAUGCGUUGCAUCUGAGCGCUCAAAUGCAAAGAUGGCAGCGUCACAUCGAUUGCCAUGUGGGUGAACGAAAGCAUCGUCUCUUCAAGCGAUAUGUUGGUCCCAAAAUACCGAAAUUGGAAGGCUACGCCAAGAGCGUGACCACCUACUGCACCUAUUGCACCUACUGCGCAUGCUACUCCAUUGGA